GAGAAGCUUUCCAGUUUCCGGCGACAGUGAACGUACCAUCACAAUCCAGAUUCUCCAUCUUUCUCCAACCAAGCAAAGGGACCAACCUGCGUCUUACAUCCACUGUAACUUAAUAUUUUCCCGCUGACAUACACUCAACCAGAUUUAAAGGACCACAAUCAUGACGGACUCAAAAUAUUUCACAACAAACAAAAAGGGGGAGAUCUUUGAACUGAAGGCAGAGCUGAACAAUGAGAAGAAGGAGAAGCGAAAAGAGGCAGUGAAGAAGGUCAUUGCAGCCAUGACUGUUGGCAAGGAUGUAAGUUCUUUGUUCCCAGAUGUGGUGAACUGCAUGCAGACCGACAACCUGGAGCUGAAGAAGUUGGUUUACCUUUACUUAAUGAACUACGCCAAGAGCCAGCCUGAUAUGGCCAUCAUGGCCGUCAACAGUUUUGUCAAGGACUGUGAGGACCCCAACCCUCUCAUCCGAGCUCUGGCUGUCCGCACCAUGGGCUGCAUCAGGGUGGACAAGAUCACUGAGUACCUGUGUGAGCCACUGAGGAAGUGCCUGAAGGAUGAGGACCCGUAUGUGAGGAAGACGGCAGCUGUUUGUGUGGCUAAACUUCAUGACAUCAAUGCCCAGAUGGUGGAGGACCAGGGCUUCCUGGAUUCUCUGAGAGAUCUCAUUGCUGACUCAAAUCCAAUGGUUGUAGCCAAUGCAGUUGCCGCCCUGUCAGAGAUCAGCGAGUCUCAUCCCAACAGCAACCUGCUGGACCUCAAUCCUCAGAACAUCAAUAAGCUGCUGACGGCCCUCAACGAGUGCACAGAGUGGGGACAGAUCUUCAUUCUGGACUGCCUCUCCAACUAUAACCCCAAGGAUGAGCGUGAGGCCCAAAGCAUCUGUGAGCGUGUCACUCCCAGGCUGUCUCAUGCCAACUCAGCAGUGGUGCUGUCAGCUGUCAAGGUGCUGAUGAAGUUCUUAGAGCUGCUGCCCAAGGACUCUGACUACUACAACACCUUGCUGAAGAAGCUAUCCCCACCACUGGUCACCUUGCUCUCCGGAGAGCCUGAGGUCCAGUAUGUGGCUCUGAGGAACAUCAACCUGAUUGUCCAAAAAAGGCCUGAGAUCCUGAAGCAGGAGAUCAAGGUGUUCUUUGUCAAGUACAAUGACCCUAUCUAUGUGAAACUGGAGAAACUGGACAUCAUGAUCCGCUUGGCCUCUCAGGCCAACAUUGCCCAGGUGCUGGCUGAACUGAAGGAAUACGCCACAGAAGUGGAUGUUGACUUUGUGCGCAAGGCUGUGCGAGCCAUCGGACGUUGUGCCAUCAAAGUGGAGCAAUCAGCUGAGCGCUGUGUUAGCACCCUGCUGGACCUGAUCCAGACCAAGGUCAACUACGUGGUUCAGGAGGCUAUUGUGGUUAUCAGGGACAUCUUCCGCAAGUACCCCAACAAGUAUGAAAGCAUCAUUGCCACAUUGUGUGAGAAUCUUGACUCUCUGGAUGAGCCCGAUGCUCGUGCCGCCAUGAUCUGGAUUGUCGGCGAGUACGCAGAGAGGAUCGACAACGCUGAUGAGUUGCUCGAGAGCUUCCUCGAGGGUUUCCAUGAUGAGAGCACUCAGGUCCAGCUCACUCUGCUGACUGCCAUUGUCAAGCUGUUCCUUAAGAAGCCAUCAGAGACUCAGGAGUUGGUGCAGCAGGUCCUCAGUCUGGCCACUCAGGAUUCUGACAACCCUGACCUGCGUGACAGGGGCUACAUUUAUUGGCGUCUUUUGUCCACCGACCCUGUGACUGCCAAGGAGGUGGUGUUGUCAGAAAAGCCCCUGAUCUCAGAGGAGACAGACCUGAUUGAGCCCACUCUGCUGGAUGAGCUCAUCUGCCACAUUGGCUCUCUGGCCUCUGUCUAUCACAAACCCCCCAGCGCCUUUGUGGAGGGCAGCCAUGGAAUCCACAGGAAACACCUUCCUGUCCAGCACAGCAGCAUUGAUACAGGUGAGAGCCCAGUGAGCGGUGGGCCAGCAGCUGCCAUGGACCAGCCACAUGUGAUCCCCAGCCAGGGUGACCUGCUGGGUGACCUGCUUAACCUGGACCUGGGCCCUCCAGUCAAUGUGCCCCAGGUCUCUUCCAUGCAAAUGGGUGCAGUGGAUCUUCUGGGAGGAGGCUUGGACAGCUUGCUGGGGGGAGACCUGGGCGGAGGUGUUGGGGGAAGUCCAGCAGUGGGACAGAACUUCAUCCCCUCAUCUGUCCCCAGUACUUUCGCUCCAUCACCUACACCAGCACCUCCAGCUGUCAGCAGUGGCCUCAACGACUUGUUUGAGCUUUCCACAGGCAUGGCCAUCACCACUGGAGGCUACAUAGCCACAAAAGCAGUGUGGCUGCCUGCAGUGAAAGCCAAGGGACUGGAGAUCUCCGGAACCUUCUCUCGUCGCCAGGGCCACAUGUACAUGGACAUGACCUUCACCAACAAGGCCCUGCAACACAUGACCGACUUCGCUAUCCAGUUCAACAAGAAUAGUUUUGGGGUGAUCCCCACCAGUCCUCUGCCUGUUCACACUCCUCUGAUGCCCAGCCAGAGUAUUGAGAUCUCUUUGCCUCUCAACACCAUUGGGCCUGUCAUGAAGAUGGACCCACUCAAUAAUCUGCAGGUGGCUGUGAAGAACAACAUCGACGUCUUCUACUUCAGCGUACUCAUCCCUCUCAAUGUAUUCUUUGUUGAGGAUGGAAAAAUGGAGCGACAGGUUUUCCUUGCUACCUGGAAAGACAUCCCAAAUGAGAAUGAGCUACAGUAUCAGAUAAAGGAGUGCCACCUAAAUGCAGACACAGUAUCAGGGAAGCUGCAGAAUAACAACAUCUACACCAUUGCCAAGAGAAACGUAGAAGGCCAGGACAUGCUGUACCAGUCCCUCAAGCUAACCAAUGGCAUCUGGAUCUUGGCUGAGCUCCGCAUUCAGCCCGGCAACCCCAACUACACGCUGUCUCUCAAGUGUCGGGCACCUGAGGUCUCUCAGUAUGUCUACCAGAUGUACGACUCUGUGCUGAAGAACUGACCUGCUCUAACACUUACCCACUCUGCUUCAUCCUGACAACAAACAGCAGUGUUUUAUCAUUUUCUGUCACCUGGAGCUUACUGCCAAAACAAGGGAAUCCAAACAGUAAAUUAUUUUUAAAUUUGGGAUAUUGGAAUAUUUUUCCUCUGAGGGUAUCAACAAGGCAAAUUUCACUGUUAAGUAGUUAUGUCUAAUGUACUGAGGUUAAACAUGCUGUUGAUGUUUCCUUUAUUUUGGCAGUAUUGAAUUCUCUUAUCCAACUCCCCAUUUCGAUUUUUACUUCCCAAUGAAAAUUUGUCUAUCAUUCCAUCCUUAACUUAGUGUCUUAAUGUUGUAAAGCUGUGACUGAUGGUGAAACUGUCCUGAGUGGAAAAAAAUCUCCCCAGUUUCCAUUAAGCCAUUGUUGUUGCUUUUUUGUACAGUGUGGCUUCUUUUGGUAUUGAUUUAUUUUUGAUACUGGCUUUGCUUCAGUUGUACCCACAUAAUAAUACCAGUGUUGAUUUCUUCCUCUCACCAUUAAUGUGCUAAGAGUCAAAAAAAGUAAUGUGUUUGUCUGUUCUUCACCAGGUUAGACUCCUGGAAGUCAUGGCUUACAGUUACUAAUAGAGACUUGCUCAAAUAACAAAAAUACAUCGCAUUCAGCAGCAUGUUUUACUGUUUUUCCUGUCAUGAUUUUAACACAGCUUCUUGUAUGUAAUGGGAUUACUUACAGUUUUUGCAGCAUUAGAUAGAAACCUUACUUUUUCCACUAUGAGUCUUAAACAUUGUACAAUAAUUGAAAAGCUUUAAGUAAAAUUCCAAAAAGUUGGAAAAAGAAAAUGAAGACCAGAGAUUACAUAAGUAAGCGCACUAGUAACUCUAAUGUAAUUAGUAAACCCCAGCUUUUACUGCUGCGUCCCACCUGUGAAUUAUGUUACUCAAUGUUUUUCAUUCAUCUGUUAACACAUCUGAUGUUUUUGACUCCUGCCGUUUGGGGUCUAUCUGGCAGAGUGGAGGCAUGUAGUUUUGGAUGGCUGCAGUGCGGUGAUGCUCUGCAGGUGGUAAAACAUAGAAGCAGGACACACAGAAGGCUUUAUUACAAAGAUCUCUUUCCAUCAGCACUCACCACAUUCUGUAUUGAUUGGUACUCCACCUAGUCACACUUGUCUGUAAAUUCAAAAAACAAACAAAACUUUAAGCCAUGUGAAGCAACUUUAUUGGAACUGCUCUGGUAUAAAAGAGCUAAUUUUUACAUCAUUUUAAAAUCGUGUUAGAAAAUACAUUCAGUGUAGUGAGUGUGUCUGCCGGCUAUGUAAAUGGACGGAAGCAACAAAUGUGAACUAUCAGUCGAACAGGCAAGAAGCUUCAGCGUAUAGUAUAUUUGUGGGUUUACAUUCCUGGACAAAAUUGUGAGUUUGCUAUUAUUAUCUUAUCUUUGCUUAUUAGCUUGGAACCACUACACAACACAACCACAGCAGCUAUUGAUUAUGUGUUCACACACCAGUGCCACUCCAUUUUAAGAAUGAUAUUUGCUAAUUAAUUUCAAAUGUAUUUUUAUUUUAAUAGCCCCGUUUACUGCAACCACAUAGUUGUACACGGCUUUAUACACCUAUAUUGUCAUUCGUAUUUAUUGUGCAUCUACCUCUGUGUUAACUGUUGCAGUAGCUUCAAUUCUGUCAUGUGCUUUAAAUGUUUCACAUUUCCUUUUGAUGCCAGUGUUGUUCUUGUAAUCUUCAUGCCAUUGUUGUCAAGCCAGUCUAAAUCUGUGGCUAGUCAGCCAAACCAGUCUCACAGGACCAAGCAUUCAUGCAAAUUAAAUGCCAAGUUUAUGUUUUAAUACCCUUGUGUCAAUAUAACCUUCUAAUGUUGGCGUUUUGUGUGCUAUAGAACAUUAGAGUGCAUACACACAAAGACCCAGAGUUGCCCUAGUACAGUGUAGUCCAGUGAUGGUGUAGUAAGUGUAGCUAAUGAAUUUAAAACUUUUCGGCAUUGCCCUGAAAAUGAUAUGAAGCCUUUUAUCUAUUCAACAGAAAAGGCUUUUUUCAGUUGUGUUGGUGACACUAUUUUCAUACACAGUAAUAUAAAAAUAAAUUUAUGUGCCUGCAUGAGCUCACUGUCCAUUUGAUCCUUUUUCAUUUAGACUGUGGAUUUGCAUUUAAAAACUAAUAUUCUCCCAACUUCAUGUCUGAAUUGAUCUUUUAAGCAGCAAUGACUCUAGCACUCCCACAUAUAGAAGUUUAUCCAAAACUGUUGCCAGCAAUCUAGAAUGUAUGGAGAGAGCUACUAUAGCAUCUUAGGAAAUGGAAUAUUUCGAGCGUCAUUGCUGUAACCCUGUUGUAAAUGAUUUGUUAUUGUCACAGUACCACACUUUAUGUCAAUAAAUUGUGAAACUCAUGA